GCCUCUGAAGAUCUUCUCAGGGAACACUACAUUGAUCUGAAGAGAAAACCAUUCUACCCCUCCCUGAUACAAUACAUGAACUCUGGCCCCAUAGUGGUAAUGGUAUGGGAAGGUUAUAAUGUAGUUAAAACUUCACGACUUAUGGUUGGAGCUACUGAUCCAGCAGAGGCCCUUCCAGGUACUAUUCGUGGUGACUUUGGCAUGCAUAUAAGCAGGAACGUUAUCCAUGCCAGUGAUUCAGUCGAAGUGGCAGACAGAGAAAUUGGUCUCUGGUUCAGCAGCAUUGAAAUGACCGACUGGGAAUGUUGUACACAAAGUAAUAUAUACAGUGGCUGACAGUGCAAAGAAACCAUCCUUCAGUGAAGAGUUUUUAUCCACCUGAAAGAAUCUACCUCUAAACAUGUGCCUUAUUUUAUUGAUCAGAAUGAUGGUUUUAUGUUCAGCAGUGGAAUUCAAUGCAAGAAAAUUGAGGACUACCAAUAUUUUCCACUGACAAACCCCACUACAGUGUAGUGACUAUAAAAUGUAGCCUGUCAAACAUUCGGACACUCAUAACACCAAAAGCAUCUCCAUCUGACUUACAAGGCAAGAUGCAGGCAGAAAGUUUGGAAUACCCUUUUAGAUGUUUAUGCCUGCAACAUUACAGCUUUAACUUAGAAGUUCCUUUGGAGAAACAAGCAACAGUGUGUCAAGAAUUCAUUAUUAAAGUUGAUAAAAUAA